CCGUCCGCACGAAAAUGGCCGCCGGUCUGGGGGCCGUUUCGGUUCCAUCCCUCAACGGUUGUUUAUGGUUGCUAAGCAACUUCAAAACGCCGUGGUAAGAAGGAGAGCAGAAUGCCACCUGUAACGCUACCCGAGGAGGAAACAUAAGUCUAAACUUUCUUUUUAAAUCUAUGAGUAUUUUCUUACCUGGUGUUUGAUAUCCUCUGGUCGUCAGCUCAGUGGACUUUAACCGUGAUGUCAACCGUUAGUUAGCCGUUAGUCGGCAGAGCUUUGUCAUCGGCUCGUGAGGUUCCUGCUGCAACUCGACCGUUCGUAUGUAACUAUGUACAACGCAGAUUUGAACGCCUCUCUUGCUUUUAUGUCGAGCUAGCUACUGUACAAGUGCUGUGGAGUGAAUGUUGAGACAUGGGGUCAGAGUCGGUGAAGGUUGUGGUCAGGUGCAGGCCCCUGAAUGACCGGGAGAAGGCUCUCGGCUCUAAGACGGUUCUGUCCAUUGACCUGCAUCGCUGCCAGUGCUUCAUAGAGAAGCCCGGGGCCGUGGACGAGCCGCCCAAACAGUUCACCUUUGAUGGGACCUACUUCAUUGACCAAACCACAGAGCAGAUGUACAACGAGAUUGCCUAUCCUUUGGUUGAGGGCGUCACUGAGGGAUACAAUGGCACCAUCUUUGCCUAUGGACAAACUGGAAGUGGGAAGUCUUUCACCAUGCAGGGAGUGUCUGAUCCUGCAGCCCAGAGGGGGGUCAUUCCACGAGCCUUUGAGCACAUAUUUGAGAGCAUUCAGUGUGCAGAAAAUACAAAAUUCCUGGUGAGGGCCUCCUACUUGGAGAUUUACAAUGAAGAAAUCCGGGACCUAUUGGGAAAUGACACCAAACAGAGAUUGGAGCUGAAAGAGCAUCCAGAGCGUGGGGUGUAUGUGCGGGACCUCUCCAUGCACACUGUGCACAGUGUGGGGGAGUGCGAGAAAAUCGUAGUGCAAGGCUGGGGGAACAGGGCAGUGGGCUGCACGUUGAUGAACAAGGACUCCUCCCGCUCACACUCCAUCUUCACCAUCCAUUUGGAGAUCUGCAACACAGAUGAUGCUGGCCAGGAUCAUCUACGAGCAGGUAAACUCAACCUCGUUGACCUGGCAGGAAGCGAGCGUCAGUCCAAAACGGGUGCUACAGGUGAGCGGUUCCGCGAGGCCACCAAGAUCAACCUCUCCCUCUCGGCCCUGGGUAACGUCAUCUCUGCCCUGGUGGACGGACGCUCUAAAUACAUCCCCUACCGGGACUCCAAGCUGACCAGACUGCUGCAGGACUCUCUGGGAGGAAACACGCGCACCUUGAUGAUCGCCUGUCUCUCCCCCGCUGACAACAACUAUGAGGAAAGCCUGAGCACGCUGCGCUACGCCAACCGGGCCAAGAGCAUCCAGAACAGGCCUUGUAUCAAUGAGGACCCCAAAGAUGCUCUGCUACAAGAGUAUCAGGAGGAGAUCAAGACGUUGCGGGCCCUCCUAUCAGGCCAGCUGGGCACCGCUAACCUUGCAUCUCUGCUGGCUGGCCACUUUUCUGAGGCAUCCCCUGCUGUUCCUUCAAGGCCACAGUCCAGCACCACAGAAGUAGAAAAGGAGAAGAUUAAAGAGGAGUAUGAAGAGAGGCUGGCUAAGUUGCAGGCUGAGUACAAUGCAGAGCAGGAAUCCAAAGCAAAGCUGCAGGAGGACAUCGCUGCUCUGCGUUCCUCCUAUGAAUCCAAACUGUCCAAUCUGGAAACGGCUCGAGCCAGCAGGGGGAGCUCUGUCCUAAAGAAUGAUAACAGAAAACCAUCUCCCCAAGAACCAUCAUCAGUGAGCACUAGCUGUAUGACAGAGGUCGCUGAGGAAGACCUCUGCCACAACACUGAUCCCAUGUGCCACAAUACAGCUGGAGAAACUUCCCUGAGCAAGCUUGCUGUACCAGCAGUCGGUGUCCAAAUAGGUCCAGACGGGGAAGGGCUCAUAGCCUCAUCUGACAUCAAUGCAGAGCCUCUGGACCAGCUACAUGUCCUGGAGAGACUGCAGCAGCUGGAACAGGAGGUGGUGGGAGGAGAGCAGGCCAGGAACAACGAGUUACAGCAGAGACACAGGCAGAGGAAGAACCUUGCUGACCAGAGGAAAGUCCAUCUCAUCUGCGCUCUGUCAGAGAACAGCGAGGACAGUGAACAUGUGCUCUUGAAUGUCUACAACUCCAUCCAGGAAGAGGUCCAUGCCAAAAGUCAAAUGCUGGUCAAGGUUCAGGGCAAGCUGAAAGAAGCCAAACUGGAGAUCCGUGACCUGCAGGCGGAGUUCGAGGUGGAGAGGGACGAUUACCUGGCAACGAUCCGGCGACUGGAGCGGGAGGGCCAGUUACUGCACAGCCUGCUGGAGCGUAUGGUGCCCCUGGUGCGCCGUGACUGCAACUACAGCAACCCGGACCGCUUGAAGAAAGAAGCUGUCUGGGACGAGGACGGCGCCACCUGGAGGCUGCCGGAUGUGAUGGUGCAGAAGACAACGCUGCCUUCAGCAGUGGCUCCGAAACUUUCAGCUGGCAGAGGUUCAGCUGCUGAUACUGGAGAUCCAUUCAUGCAGGUGGAGGAGGACAGGUACAAGGAGAUGCUGGACCGUAGUGACAGUGAGAACAUCGCCAGCAGCUACUUCAAGUCAAAGAGAGCGAGCCAACUGCUGGGACGUGAAGCUACCAAGGGACACGCGAUCCACUCUCCUCCGCUGGUUAACGGGGCGUCCCACCUCACUGUGAGUGGUUCCACCAUGAACCCGCCUGUCAGCUCAGACUCCGUCCUGCCACGCCCUUUCCGCCUGGAGUCGUUGGAUAUCCCGUUGGUGUCCAAUGGUAGAGUGAAACGCAAAAAAAGCAAACCUCACAUCCUUAACGAGAGCACUUGAAAGGACUGCUUCCACUGUUUUUGAAUGAAAAGAUUGUGUACACUGUGAUUGAUCACAUACUGUAUAUUUUAAAUGAUUAAAUAUGUAAUGUUUGAUAACCAGAAAUGCAUACAGCAGACACUUCGGGUGGAAAUUCAGUUGUGUCAUGUGAUUAAAAUCAUAUUUUGAAUGUUCAUUAUGAGAUCAAUACUACCUACAUUAUGAUACUAUUAUUGAUUUAUUUUUGUUGCACUGUUUAAACUGUGAGACUCAAAGUACAGCUACAAUAAUAUUUAAUUUCUAAUUUUGCUGUUGCUGAUUGUAAACCACAAUUUCAACCUGUUCACAUCUCAAAUUCUUGCUGCUGAAUAUAUAAAAUAAAAUGAA